AUGCCUAAGCCAGAAGAGCUAAGAGGAAAGAAGUAUUGCAAGCUGGGCUAUACCUUCAAUCACUCCAUAACCAACUGUGUUCAAUUAAGGGAUUGGAUACAAGACCUAAUAGUGAAGGGAAAGUUGUUGUUAAAAAAACCACAGGCCAAUAUGAUGAUUGACACGGAUCCCUUCCCAGAAGCCCUAAUAAACAUGAUCAACCUAAAUUGGGCUGAAAACGGGAAAGGAAAAGCCACCUGGGAAGUGAAAGCAGAAGGAAGACAAGUUGACAGACCAACACAAGGAACUAUCAAGCUACCUGAGAAACCCAAAGCAGUUAUAGUUAAAGGGUUAGUGUUGUGUAACAAGUGCCAGUGUGAAUGUGAGUUAGAAGUGCCAGCAUCAGGAGUUAUUAUUGAUCAAAACUUGAUCAGAAGAAGAAAGAAAGAGGAAUAA